AUGCUAAUGCAUUAUCUCAUCUCAUUUCCACUUUUACAGGCCCUUCUAGCGGACGGACAUGAUCCAGCGACGUAUUUGUUUCGCGUGAACGAGCCUGUAGUACCAUCAGACACAAACGCGAAACAGAUGUCGCCUUCAGCCACACCAAUGGACACUGACGGCGAAGGCACUUUGCAUAUUUCUGAGAAUGGCAAUGCUGAGGGUGAUAGUCACGAGACUUCGGCCCAGAUGGAAACCGAUGCAGCACCUACGACGAAAGACAAUGAUAAGAAAGUCAAUGAAUUGAAUGAUAGCAAAGAGCUGAUCAUAGAUGACCAGAAUACGGGUGCCGCAGCGACCAACGACGAGGAGAUGCUUGAGGACCCGCUCGUCGACGUACCGGCUGAAACAACGCCGGCUCCUGCUAAAUCAGCUGAUAACAAAAUUACAGCACAACCAUCUGUUAAGACUCCUGUGCAGGCUCCUGCUAACGAUGACAAGGAGAAGGACGUGGCG